UUGACAUGUUUCAUUGUCGAGAACUUCGUAGAGUUUCGCCAUCAGCGCUCUCUCUCUUUCCCUUUCUUCACAAAUAUAUUAAUGGAGCCUCCUUCCCCUUCAUUUGCCUUCUAAAUUCUCCUAAAUAAACAGAAUUAAGUUGGAGCCUGGAACUUCAUUUUCCUUCUCUGUCUCUGAUCCCAAGUUGGGCGAAAUUAUGCCAGGCACCCUGGGCAAAAACCUCAAUCUUUGCUUCACCAAGAUCAAAUUCCCCUUAACUUCCCAACCUCCCUCUUCCCUGUUAACCCCAGAUGAUGACAGCCGUCCAUUUCCCUCCUCCGACGCCACCGCAUCAACACUCCUCUUCAAAAACUACAACUCCCUCUAUGACAACACGUUUGACUACUCAACCUCUAAAUCUUUGACCGCAUCAUCACUCUUCUCCGAGCCCGAGCCUGAAUCGGAUUCCGAACCCGACUUGGCUACCGUUUUUGCCACACAGCGCUUCUUUUUCACUUCUCCAGGUAGCUCCAACUCCAUCAUUGAAUCAACAGCGUCAUCAAUCGCCACUACUAUGGAGUCAUCAGAUACCCUUUUAGCCAGCACUUCUAGUCCCAUCAAUAAUGCAAAUCAAUCCUCAAACGACGGCUGUGAUCACCCGAGUCACGAACACAGCCACCCAACGACCGUUAAAGACAGUGUAGCUGUUCCAACUUUCUCUCCAAACCCGUACAUGGAUUUCAGGAGAUCCAUGCAGGAGAUGGUGGAGGCACGUGACUUAAUCGACGUCAAGGCUAACUGGGACUACUUGCAUGAGCUUCUUUUGUGUUACCUUGCAUUGAAUCCCAAAAGUACACACAAGUUUAUUAUAGGAGCAUUUGCUGAUCUUCUUGUUAGCCUAAUGGCAGCCGAGGGCGGUGGAAGCGGUGACUGAGACGUCAUUGAGAUUACCGGCGGUAGGAUUCCAAGGCAGUGAUUGUAAAAAACAUGUAACAACAUUUGGUUGCCGAUCAGAUAUUGAUUAUCUAAUCUUGUUACAUUUAAUCUAGUAACACAUAUACAUGUGGGGAACAAAAAAGUUGGUCCCCUUUUUUUGUCUUCUAUACUUGCACAUACUACAACUCUAUCACCUUAUCUUCUA